AUGGACUCUUCGUCUUCCUCGUCUUCCUCGUCGUCCGAUUCAUCUUCUUCAUCUUCCUCCUCAUCCGCAGCAUCUUCGUCAAACACUAGCGAAGCGUCAAAGUACAAGCUUGGGUCCAGUGCGCUGAUAUCACAACUUUUUGCUUCGCCAUCCAAAAGUAACUCGCUCAUCAGUAAACCUGUAGCCGGAGCGUUAUUAAUCCCCCAACAUGAAUGUCCAGAUGCUAAAUACAAGUUCGUGACAUUAGUCUCACCAAUCAGAGGCCCGGAAGAGGACGGAACGUCCAAAACAGGCAAAUAA